AUGAGAUCGGAUACCCUUCUGACAGCGGCAUCUGCGCUGCUGCUCGCGGGCACCAAUGCAUUAAACUCCGGUGCCAAUGGAGGCCGGCCUCGUGAGGUUGUGAUGGACAGUUCAACGAGCCCUCUGCUCCAAGAUAUUGUCACCUGGGACGAAGAUUCGCUGUAUAUCCAUGGCGAGCGUGUCGUCAUCUUCUCCGGCGAAGUCCACCCCUUUCGGCUGCCCGUGCCAUCCCUCUAUCUCGAUGUAUUCCAAAAGAUCAAGGCCUUGGGAUUCAACAUGGUCUCGUUCUAUGUCGACUGGGCUCUUUUGGAGGGGAAACCAGGGCAUUUCCGUGCGGAUGGCAUCUUUGACUUGGAGCCAUUCUUUGAGGCUGCCACUCAGGCGGGCAUUUAUUUACUGGCUCGCCCGGGCCCUUAUAUCAAUGCGGAAGCGUCUGGAGGUGGGUUUCCCGGGUGGCUGGCGAGAGUCAAAGGCAUCCUCAGGACGAAUGCAACAGAUUACUUGGAUGCUACCGACAAUUACGCGGCAAACGUUGCCCGGAUUAUCGCAAAGGCACAAAUCACAAACGGAGGGCCUGUUAUCUUGUAUCAGCCAGAGAACGAGUACAGCGCUGGCAAUGCGGGCGUUGUGUUCCCAAACAAGCCGUAUAUGCAGUACGUCAUUGAUCAGGCUCGCGAAGGCGGCAUUACCGUCCCUCUGAUAAACAACGACGCUUUUGCCGGUGGCACAAGCGCCCCUGGAACUGGUCUCGGCUCAGUGGAUAUAUACGGCUGGGACGCUUAUCCUGUGGGCUUUGACUGCGCUCAUCCAUAUACCUGGCCGGACAACGGACUACCCACAGGCCAACAUGAUACACACCAAAGGAUAAGCCCAAAUACACCAUUUUCUCUUAUAGAGUUCCAAGGUGGCGCCUUUGAUCCCUAUGGUGGAUGGGGUUUCGACCAAUGCUCUACCUUGGUAAACCACGAGUUCGAGAGAGUCUUUUACAAGAACAAUUUCGCAUCCGGUGUAACCAUCUUCAGUAUUUACAUGAUCUUUGGUGGUACUAACUGGGGCAACCUCGGACACUCUGGCGGCUACACAUCGUACGAUUAUGGGGCGAGUAUCAGAGAAGACCGAACUGUUGAUAGAGAAAAGUACUCAGAGGUGAAGUUGCAGGCCCAAUUCUUGAAGGUCUCUCCUGGAUACAUCACAACUACCCCCGGCAACCUGACCCAAGGAGUUUACAGCGACAACAAGGACAUUUCGAUAACACCACUCCUAGCGGAAGAAAAUGGCAACUUUUUCGUUGUGCGCCACACAAACUAUUCAAGCCUCGAUACAACAUCUUACACAGUCAAGCUACCAACCUCGGCCGGAGAAUUAACCAUCCCUCAGCAAGGCGGAACGCUCACUCUCAGUGGACGCGACUCCAAGUUCCACGUUACCGAUUACCCUGUGGGCAACUUUACGUUGCUUUACUCAACUGCAGAGAUCUUUACUUGGAAGCAAUUUGACAACAGGACCGUCCUGGUUCUAUACGGCGGCGCAGGAGAAGUGCAUGAAUUUGCCGUCAAGAAUCCAUUUGGAAGCACUAAAGCAGGCAAAAUCAACAAGGUCCAAGGAAAGGAUGUUGUCGUUCAUACUGCACAGGAUUUGACGCUUGUGCUUCAAUUCACGGCUUCGACGGACAGGCAAGUCAUACAGCUGGGCGACUUGGUCAUCUAUAUGGUUGACCGCAAUGCUGCGUACAACUACUGGGUUCCCACCCUCCCUGGAAGCGGUAGCCACCCCGCCUACGGCAGCUCCUUGAUGAAUCCCGCUGCCGUCAUCGUAAACGGAGGCUAUCUUGUCCGUUCUGUUGCCGUCGAUGGACCAACUCUUUCUAUACAGGCGGACUUCAACGUCACAACACCACUGGAGAUCAUUGGAGCCCCUCAAGGCGUCUCCAAGCUAGUCGUCAACGGAAAAGAACUCUCAUACACCGUUUCAGAACUCGGAGAUUGGACCGCCAACCCAGAUACCGUGCUCCCAGUCGUCCAAGUCCCCGACUUGACGAAGCUCACAUGGUAUCAGCUAGACUCGCUCCCGGAAGUCCAAAACUACUACGACGAUUCCCACUGGCCCUCCGCCAACCACAAGACAUCUAAUAACUCGGUAGCACCUCUGAAAACGCCCGUCUCGCUCUACGGCUCAGACUAUGGCUUCCAUACGGGAACGCUCGUCUUUCGCGGCCGCUUCACCGCGCAGACUUCCCAGCAGCAACUCUCCCUCACCACGCAAGGCGGCAACGCCUUCGCCAGCUCCGUAUGGCUCAACGACAAAUUCAUCGGCUCCUUCCACGGCUUCGACGCCGGCGUCAGCGCCAACUCAAGCUACAAGCUCACUAACCUCAUCCGAGGAAAACGAUACGUCCUCACCGUCGUCGUGGAUUCGACCGGCCUGAGCGAAAACUGGAACAUUGGCCUCGAUGAGAUGAAGGCCCCGCGCGGCAUCCUCGACUACAGCCUCGUCUCUUCAAGGGGCGCCCACGUGCCCAUCUCGUCCUGGAAAAUCACCGGCAACCUCGGCGGCGAAGACUACCGCGACACUUUCCGCGGACCCCUCAACGAGGGCGGCCUCUUCUUCGAGCGCCAGGGCUACCAUCUCCCCUCCCCUCCCCUCCACGCCUUUGACAGCCGCCACGGCGUAUCCCCCUACAAGGGCAUCUCACACGCAGGCAUCGCCUUCUACGCUGCCAAGCUUACCUUGGACCUCCCCUCAGACUCGUACGACAUCCCGCUGUCCUUUGUCUUCGACAACACCACCGCCGCGGCGCCAUACCGCUCUCUGCUCUACGUCAACGGCUUCCAGUACGGCAAAUACGUCAGCAACGUCGGCCCGCAGACAGAGUUCCCCGUCCCGGAGGGUAUCUUGAACUACAACGGCGACAACUGGAUCGGCGUGGCGCUCUGGGCGCUCGAUAGCCACGGCGCCAAAGUUCCGGGACUAGAGCUCAAAGCCAAGUCGCCCAUAUUGACGAGCAGGCAAAAAGUAGAGCUUGUUCAAGGCCCGGCAUAUAAGAAGCGAUGGGGAGCGUACUGA